AUGGCCAAGGACACAGAGGAAUCUGCAGAGAUUUUUGGAGAGAUUAACCUCACUCUCGGCAUGCUGAACAAGGAAGAUAAUAUUAGCAAGGAAGACAUUUAUAGUCAUCUCACUUCCAUUAUUCAGAAUACUGACAUCUUGGAUGAUGCAAUUGUCCAAAAGUUGAUUUAUUAUGCUUCUAAGGACAUGAGAGAUGACAAUAUCUUCAGAGAAAUCAGAAUGCUAGCUGGGGAGGUGUUGGUGUCUCUCACUGCCCAUGAUUACAACUCUGUGAUGUAUGAAGUACAAAGUAACUUCAGGAUCCUGGAGCUACCAAAUGAAUUCGUUGUGCUUGCCCUGGCUGAACUGGCAACGAGCUACGGUACAGAGGGAAUAGUUGUCCCAGAGCAUUCCCUGCUUACUAUGCAAACCAUGCUCAGGCUGGCCAAGGAGGAAAGGAUGAAGGGAGCUUUCUGUAUCGCCCUUGAGAAGUUCAGCAGAGCUAUUUACAAGUAUGUCAACCACUGGAGAGACUUCCCCUACCCCAGAUUGGAUGCCAAUCACCUCUCUGACAAAAUCUUCAUGCUGUUCCGGUAUAUUAUGGACAAGUGGGCCACCAUGACCUCGCCCACACAAAUUUUGGCCAUCAUUAAGGUUCACGGCCCCACAGUGAGCCUGCUACUCCAUUGGGAAGACCUCUGUGAAUACGCCCUGGGCCAGGUCCCUUGGAUCCAGCAGUAUAAAGACAAAGAGAUUGAUUUCCAUGUCAGUCAGAGUCUAAGACAGAUAUUAACCGCGGCAGUCCUUUAUGACAUUAGCCUUCCAAAGGCCUUGAAGAAGACCAUCUUUAUCAAUUUACUCCACCAGGUAAGAAGACCAUUAAAGGAAAAUGAAAUCGAAGCUUCAGACUGUUUCCUCAUUCUAGCCCAUUCCAGCCCUGCAGACCUGAUAGAAUUUUUUGAUGAACAAAUGAGAAGUAAUAGUAAAGCCACUCGAAUGGGAAUCUUGACUUUGUUAAGAUCGGCUAUCAGUGCUGAAGAGCCCAAGUUGAGGGAUCACAACACUUCAAUUGAAAAAACAGUCAAAGUCGUCAUGGGCGACCUCAGUAUUAAAGUGAGGAAUUCCGCCCUCCUCCUCAGCCAAACCAUGUGUGAAAAAUGCUACAUUGAAGCCCAGGCAGGCUGGCCACUGAUUGACUACAUCUUCUCCCAGUUUGCAAUGUCCAACAAGAAUCUGGAGAAACCAAUAAAACCUAACCCCCAGGAGACCAAAAAGGGAGAGAAAUGUAUCCAAGAAACAAGCCUGGAGGUCUUAAAAACCCUGGACGCACUGAUCAUUGGAAUGCCUUAGGCGCUAUGGCCAAGAAUCCUGACUUUUGUGGUACCUGCAGAACAUAUGGGAAUGCUGAAAUACCUGUUUAAUAUCAUCAGAAUUCUGUUUAUGGCAGAGGAGAGGAAGAAGAAUAAUGCCAAGGAGUCAACAGCACUUGUCAUCUCUACAGGAGCUGUGAAACUUCCUUCACCACAACAGCUACUGGCCAGACUUCUGGUAAUAUCUAUGCUCGCCAGUUUAGGGAAAUUAUGUGGGGUCGGUGCAAUGGGACUUUUGAAGAUAUUGCCUGAGAUAAUUCACCCAAAUUUGGUAGAGCUAUGGAAAACACGCAUACCUGAGCUCCUGCAGCCUCUGGAAGGUAUAAGGGACUCUAUUUUAUCCUGGACUCCUUAUGUUCUGAUUCUCUACCAAAUACUUAUAUUGAUAUUAUAAGAGGAUGUAGCCUGGACCAUUCAACUGAGUCGGGAUUUCAACAAGCAAAUGGACAGUUACAGCAACACCUCUGUUGAGAAGAAAUUUCUUUGGAAAGCCUUGGGAACCACCUUUGUAAGCUCACAGAUUAAGGAAUCUCUGGCUGCCCCCAACCACCUGGGGGACCAACACCAGGGAAUAACAUUUAUCUUAGGAUACUGUGCCGAGAACCACUUUGAAAUUGUUUUAAAAGUUCUUAAAACAUUCCAAGACCAGGAAAAGUUUUCCAUGAAUCGAUGCAAGGUUAUUUUCUCUGGGAAAAAGAGCCUGACCAAGACUGACGUCAUGGUAAUCUAUGGAGCCGUGGCCCUCCAUGCUCCCAAGAGGCAGCUCCUCACCAGGCUGGAUCAAGACAUUGUAUCCCAAGUCCUGUUUCUUUAUGGCCAGUGCUCUCAGGUUCUGGGCAUGGCUGUGAUGAACAAGGACAUGGAUCUGCAGAUGAGUUUUAUAAGAAGUAUCCCGGAAAUUGGCAUUGCUGUCCAAGAUGCUGAGGAUGAGAAGUUCAAGUUUUCCUACAAGGAGGUGCUGCUGGGUUACAAGCUGGACUUCAUCAGGGAUGAGCCCCUGGAUUCCUUGGUUAGCCUUGUUCGGUGGAAAGCCUUAAUCGCCAUCAGAUACCUCAGUAAACUGAAACCUCAGCUCUCACUGAAUGACCAUCUUAAUAUUCUUGAGGAGAACAUUUGGAAGCUGCUGCCCCUUCCACCUCUGGAAAAACUCAAAAAUGAGGGCGAGACAGACAAGGACAAGCAGCACAUUCAUUUUCUCUACGAACGAUCCAUGGAUGCUCUGGGGAAGCUGCUGAGGACCAUGAUGUGGGAUAACGUGAAAGCAGAGGACUGUCAAGAAAUGUUCAACCUUCUCCGAAUGUGGCUUGUUUCACAAAAAGAGUGGGAAAGGGAAAGAGCCUUCCAGAUCACCGCGAAAGUGCUGACAAAUGAUAUUGAGGCACCAGAGAAAUUUAAAAUCGGCUCACUCCUUGUUCUCCUGGUUCCUCACUCCUGUGACACCCUGCCCUCCAUCCGCCAGGCGGCUGCUAGCUUGGCUAUUGGUCUGUUCUGCAUAAAAGGCAUUCGCCUGGAAGUGGAAAGACUACAGGAUUUGCAGGAAGGGCUGCAACGUGAUGACGUGCAGGUCCAGAUCAAGAUUUCCUCCAAAAUAGCAAAGAUCGUCGGUAGACUCAUCCCAAGUGAAAAAAUGCUCAUGUUCCUGGGGGAAACCCUGGAUGGUCUGGAGAGCCUCAACCCCACGUGUACAAAGGCAUGUGGCAUCUGGAUGAUUGCUGCCCUGAAGGAGCAGGGAGCCGCUUUAGAAGAUCAGCUGUUGGAGAUCUUGGGCAUAAUUUACCAUCACAUGCCGGUCCUCAGACUAAAGGAGGAAAGUUUUCAGUUGAUGCUGGAAGCCAUCUCCCAAAUAGCCAGCUUUCACAUGGAUGCAGUUGUUGCCAACCUUUUACAGAAGCCUCUGCCCUUUGACAGGGACACAAAGACACUGCGGAAGGCUCUGGCUGAGAACCCAGCCUCCAGUGGCAAACUCUUGGGAGCCUUAAUAGACAAACUGGAGAAUGAGUUAGAAGAUGACCUCGCGGGGACAGAGGCGAUCUCCGUGGCCUGUGCAAUUUAUGAAGUGGUGUCGACAGGCACCCCUGUCGCAGGCUUGUACCCAAAGCUGCUCGCCCUUUCCCUGAAGCUGGUCAGCUGCACACUGGGCCAGAAGAUGCCCACUUCGACCCUAAACCACCCACGGGUGAUGCAGCAGGGAGAGCGGCUGCAGAUCGCAGACCCCUGCAGGCUCUCGACUACAACUCUGAAGUGUGUGCAGGCCCAGGCCAUGAAAGAAGGGCUGGCCAAAGAAUCUGACAAGGGGGACAACAUGUGGACCCUCCUCAGCAGUCCCAGUAGGCACCACAUAGGAGUCUGUGCACUGGCCAGGAGCAUGGCCGUAUGGCAACACAGGGUCAUACUGGACAUCACGGAACAACUGUUCCCAUCCCUGACCUCCUCCUCGGAGAACUGCUGGAUAAUGGGCGCAGCUUUCUUCUCUGAGCUCAUGAAGGAGCCAAUCCUUUGGAAGCACGGGAAUCUACGGGAUGUGCUGAUCUUGAUGGAUCAGAGCACCUGGGACUCCAACACCAUUCUGAGGCAAAUGGCCAUCCGAGGGCUCGGUAAUACUGCUUCUGGAGCCCCACACAAGGUAAAGAAGCACAAGCAGAUAAUGUUAGAAUCUAUCGUCAGAGGCCUCUAUCACCUGGCCCACGCCGAGGUCGUCUGUGAAAGCUUGAAGGCUCUAAAAAAGAUCCUGGAGCUGCUCACAGACCGAGAUGUAAGCUUCUACUUCAGAGAAAUAGUGCUGCAAACAAGAACCUUCUUUGAAGACGAGCAGGAUGAUGUGAGGCUGACUGCAGUCCUCUUAUUUGAGAAUCUGGCAUCCCUAACAGGAAGAAGGUGGAAGAUUUUUUUUGCUGAAGAAAUUUUAAAAAGCAUGAUUUCAUUCAUUUUCCACCUCUGGGAUCCCAAUCCCAAGAUUAGAACUGCUUGCUGUGAUGUCCUGAUCAUCUGCAUUCCUUUUCUGGGCCUCCAGGAACUCUAUGGGGUAUUCGAUCAUCUCCUUGAUGGUCAGGAUCUACCAAGGGCCAGGAAUUUCUACAGGCAAUUCUGUGUGAAGCUGCUGAGUCCCCACCCUGCACUGACCCUCAGUGAGAGCCUUCCUGUGCUGCACAGCUUGGGCCUCGGCUUUCUUCAUUCACUGGACAUUGCUAUUCUCUCCAUUUCAGGGCUCCAAGCACUUCGACAAGACCCCUGCAUCGGUGUCCAGAGAGCAGCCAAAGCUGCCUUGCAGACCCUCUUGAGAAGGUGCAAAGAGAUGAGCAUCCAUCUGUAA